AUGCUUGACACAUCGAUGCUCGAUACUGAAGCUGGUGGAGUUUCUGGAGCUUUUACCUAUUCGGCACAAUAUGGUGUUAGACGACCAUCGACUUAUCCUGAUGUUUAUCGUACACAAUUUGGCUCAAUAAGUGCUGAUGAAUAUUUAACACCAAUGUUACAACCGCUUCAACGCAAUGAUAAUAAUAUUGCUCGACGUCUCUCUAGAAAUUCAUUUCUCAUUCCACCCCAGACGCUGGUACGUCGAAAUACCGAUGACCUGAAAGACAAACGUGAACAAUCGGGUUAUUGUUUUGGCAUAUUGAUUAUUCUCAGCUAUUUACUUGUCAUUGUUACAUUUCCAUUAUCGCUAUGCUUCUGUCUUAAGGUAGUUCAAGAAUAUGAAAGAGCUGUCAUUUUUCGACUUGGCCGCAUUUUAGCAAAUGGAGCACGUGGACCCGGUUUAUUUUUUAUCUUACCAUGCGUGGAUACCUACAGUAAAGUUGAUCUUCGAACAGUCACUUUCGAUGUACCACCACAAGAAAUUCUAACAAAAGAUAGUGUAACAGUAGCAGUUGAUGCCGUUGUCUAUUUUCGAAUAUUUAAUGCUGUUAUAUCAAUAACAAAUGUGGAAGAUGCAGCAAAAUCAACUAAACUUUUAGCAGCAACAACACUUCGAAAUGUUUUGGGUACUAAAACACUUCAUGAAAUUCUUGCUGAACGAGAUAAAAUCGAUACUGUAAUUCAAACAGGUCUAGAUGAAGCAACCGAUCCUUGGGGUGUGAAAGUCGAACGGGUUGAAGUCAAAGAUGUUCGUUUACCAGUAGCAUUACAAAAAGCGAUGGCAGCUGAAGCUGAAGCAUCUCGAGAUGCACGUGCAAAAAUUAUCGCAGCCGAAGGCGAAAUGAAAGCAAGUCGUAGUUUAAAAAUAGCGGCCGAUACGAUCAAUGAAUCACCCAUAGCUAUGCAGUUAAGAUAUCUGCAGACAUUAACACAAAUUGCUGCUGAACGUAAUUCAACUAUUGUCUUUCCCAUUCCUAUUGAACUCAUGCAAAUGGUACCACAUAGUCGUCGAUAA